UUAAGCGCCUUCCUGCUUUUACACUGCUAGCUUGUUCACCAACUUGGAAAAAACAAACAGAAAGUGGAAGUGUUGCUGCUUUAAAGCAAGUGAUCUGGUGUGUAAGAGAUUACAUCCUCCCAGGGAGGAGUUUUCAGGGAGGAAGGCAGUGUACAGCUCAUAAAUAUCUGGGACAAAGCGUUGCUGUCCCAUCUGCUUUGUGCUCGCUGGUGAGAAGCAGUGUUCCUGUUCAUCCACAGACAGCGGCAUGGUGGAUUCUUUUGUGAAGAGCAAACUCGGAGAUAAUAAAGUUACCCUUUUCAUAAAGGGAUCCUGCCCUUUCUGCAAGAAUGCCAUAGCAUUGCUCAAGGAAUUCAACUUUCUGCCAGGAUGCCUGGAAGUGGUUGAUAUCACUGGGAUGGAUGACGUCCAGGAUUACUUCCAGAAAACUACAGGGCAGCGAACUGUCCCUCGUGUGUUUAUUGGGAGAACAUGCAUUGGAGGAUUUUCAGAUCUGCAGAAGAUGGAACAGCAGCUUCCAACAAUGCUACAUCAGAUUGGUGCUCUGGUGUAGCUGAAGGGAGAGACGACCACAAACUCUGACCUUGCCCUCUCAACAUGCAUGCAUCUUGGAACAGAUUCCUCCCGGCUGCUUUUUGUGGGAUCAUACACAUCUUUUUGGGGAAUGCAACUUCUCAUUUCAUUCAUAUGUACUUCAAUAUGUCACAUCUCUUCAUACUUUCUGUGGUUCUGAAAAGAAGUUUAGACUGUUAAACGAUUUAGCUCAAUAAAAUAUACUUGAACAAAGUG